AUGCACUACUGUAACAGGUUCCCCUGGACAGUACCAUUGAUGCACCACUGUAACAGGUUCCCCUGGACAGUACCGUUGAUGCACCACUGUAACAGGUUCCCCUGGACAGUACCAUUGAUGCACCACUGUAACAGGUUCCCCUGGACAGUACCAUUGAUGCACCACUGUAACAGGUUCCCCUGGACAGUACCAUUGAUGCACCACUGUAACAGGUUCCCCUGGACAGUACCGUUGAUGCACCACUGUAACAGGUUCCCCUGGACAGUACCAUUGAUGCACCACUGUAACAGGUUCCCCUGGACAGUACCGUUGAUGCACUACUGUAACAGGUUCCCCGAACAGUAACUCUCUCCCCCUCUACCUCCCUCUUUCAGAGUGGACAAGACACCUCUACAGUAGUGCUGUGUGAGAGAUGGAACAUACCAGAACAGAACAGGCUGCUAUUUGACCGUUGACCUUAAAACUAAAGCUCCUACAGAAAUUGAUGAUUAGCCAGGCGAGAUGUCAUUCUUCACCUUCUUAUGUGUUUUUUUAACAAACACAAAAGCAUAUUCAAAUCAAAUCAAAUCAAAUGUUAUUGGUCACAUGCGCCGAAUACAACAGGUGCAGACAUUACAGUGAAAUGCUUACUUACAGCCUUAACCAACAGUGCAUUUAUUUUAAACCAAAAAAAGUAAAAAUAAAACAACAACAAAAAAAGUGUUGAGAAAAAAAAGAGCAGAAGUAAAAUAAAGUGACAGUAGGGAGGCUAUAUAUACAGGGGGGUACCGUUGCAGAGUCAAUGUGCGGGGGCACCGGCUAGUUGAGGUAGUUGAGGUAAUAUGUACAUGUGGGUAGAGUUAAAGUGACUAUGCAUAAAUAAUUAACAGAGUAGCAGCAGCGUAAAAAGGAUGGGUGCAAAUAGUUUGCAGUGCAAAUAGUCCGGGUAGCCAUGAUUAGCUGUUCAGGAGUCUUAUGGCUUGGGGGUAGAAGCUGUUGAGAAGUCUUUUGGACCUAGACUUGGCACUCCGGUACCGCUUGCCGUGCGGUAGCAGAGAGAACAGUCUAUGACUAGGGUGGCUGGAGUCUUUGACAAUUUUGAGGGCCUUCCUCUGACACUGCCUGGUAUAGAGGUCCUGGAUGGCAGGAAGCUUUGCCCCAGUGAUGUACUGGGCCGUACACACUACCCUCUGUAGUGCCUUGUGGUCGGAGGCCAAGCAGUUGCCAUACCAGGCGGUGAUGCAACCAGUCAGGAUGCUCUCGAUGGUGCAGCUGUAGAAUUUUUUGAGGAUCUGAGGACCCAUGCCAAAUCUUUUCAGUCUCCUGAGGGGGAAUAGGCUUUGUCGUGCCCUCUUCACGACUGUCUUGGUGUGUUUGGACCAUGAUAGUUCGUUGGUGAUGUGGACACCAAGGAACUUGAAGCUCUCAACCUGUUCCACUACAGCCCCGUCGAUGAGAAUGGGGGCGUGCUCAGUCCUCUUUUUUUUCCUGUAGUCCACAAUCAUCUCCUUUGUCUUGGUCACGUUGAGGGAGAGGUUGUUGUCCUGGCACCACACGGCCAGGUCUCUGACCUCCUCCCUAUAGGCUGUCUCAUCGUUGUCGGUGAUCAGGCCUACCACUGUUGUGUCGUCGGCAAACUUAAUGAUGGUGUUGGAGUCGUGCCUGGCCAUGCAGUCAUGGGUGAACAGAGAGUACAGGAGGGGACUGAGCACGCACCCCUGAGGGGCCCCCGUGUUGAGGAUCAGUGUGGCAGAUGUGUUGUUACCUACCCUUACCACCUGGGGGCGGCCCAUCAGGAAGUCCAGGAUCCAGUUGCAGAGGGAGGUGUUUAGUCCCAGGAUCCUUAGCUUAGUGAUGAGCUUAGAGGGCACUAUGGUGUUGAAUGCUGAGCUGUAGUCAAUGAAUAGCAUUCUCACGUAUUGGACCUAUACGUUCACAUGUCAAUGUGGUAUACACACCUAGCAUGGUUCUACAUGGUUCUACACAGUGGUCAUUAACACCAUGUAUGUCUGUUUCAUGAAGUGAAAAUCUGGACGGUACAGAAAUGUUGUAAGAAGUAGUUAUUUUCAUUCUGUCUGUCAUUCUGUCAGUCAUUCUGUGAAAUCACUAUCUGACCUCUAUGUGAUGUCAGACUGUCUGUCUAGUGUUUGUAACACCUUGCUGGCUGUAGGCCACCUUCAACCCUGAUCUGAUCUGACCUGAAUCGAUCCCAUCUACCAGGUGAGCCAGUGGCGUCCGGAAUGUUUUCUCACUAGCCCUGCUGUGGUGGAAGAGGGGAUUAAAAAUGAUAAGAGUGAGAGAUGAGCGCCGUCAGGACGUCUCCUUUCUCACCACAGAUCUCUCUCUCUAUCGGACACCCCCCUCCUUUCCAUCCUCCCAUACACCUCUCCAUCCCCCCAUACACCUCUCCAUCCCUCCCUCCCUCCCACUGCCUAUCCUGACAGCCUCUGCUGAGAUGGUGUUGAGGUGAUGUGAUUACUUUUUACAUAACCAGACUGGUGCUCCUGCCUGCAGCAGUAGUGGUGUACAGCCUGCCUGGGCCUCCGAGCUGAUAGGGUGUACCAGUCUGCCCUACCCAGGAUGCCCUGUUGCAGCACUGAUAUGAUAGAUGUUGUUUCCUGCCUGUGGCGUACACAGUGGCAUCAGGAGGGAAGAGCAAUACCUAGCAGAAUCACAUUAAUACUGUGUUGGGCUGUCUGGUCCCAUCUGGACAGUGCACAUCCAGUUUGGGCUAUCAUACUAUUUAGGCUGGAGUGGGAGUGAGUGUUUGAGGGUCUCUCACUCUGCAAAUGGUCCCAACUGUCCCAAAAUAGAGAACAGUAGAGAACAUCUCUGGAUGACAUGCUCCUCACUGAGUAAAAAGGUAAAGUCACCUGUUAUCCCUGCCUGGAUAGGGAGGAGAGAAGAGGAGGCCUGUGUCCUGACGUUACCUUGUUUGGUGUAAGAAAUGUCACAGGGUCACUGAAUGCCAUUGAUUGGUCAUUUUUGUGUCUGAAAACUUCUAUAUGUAAAUGGCCUAACCAAAUAAUGUAAUCUCUCCCAUCUGAGUCUAAUAAACAAAUCUGCCGUCUCAAUGACAGCUCACUCAAUAAUCGCCUGGGAGUCAGAACAGGGACAUUUUGAUAGGCCAAAUCGAGCUCUUUACUGCCAUGCACCUCCCAAUUUUUGUAACAAUGCGGAGGGCUCCGUAUAGCUGAGAUGUGGUUGACGGUAGGUGGGGGCGGGAGGUCCUGUAUAAACACAAACUUACUUUCUUGACAACUUCCUUCACAAACAGCUCUGCGACGUGCAAGAAGUAUGAAUGCCCUGACUUCUAUAGAGGCCGUUUCACAGUAAAUACUGUACGGCCACUGCAGACGUCGGAUUGACCAUGCAGAGUCUUUCCACUGUCUGUAGGAGCGAACCAUUUUCGUGAAUGGGGUGGUGUACCUAAUAAACUGGCCGCUGUGUGUAUGUCUGAACUGUUCUGAAUAUCAUCAUUCAUCUCCAUUAUUGUGAUGAGUAGUCGUAGUAAAGCCUAAAACUGUAUUUAUACUUUGUAACACUGCAUACGGAGGUGUAUCAAAAGGCAAUUAGCCAGGGAAGAAAGGCAUGGUCCAAUCAGCUUAGCCAAAGCGCCACAAUCCACCAGUCACCCCUCACGUUGUUAUAAUGGGCCAUAUUUAUAAGCAUAAUUACAGGGGGCUAUUUAAUACUCUGUGCUGCACUGAGCUCACUGAGUCGCUGCCAAAAUAUUUAGCGGGGCUGCAGGGUUAUGCAAGAGGGGGAGUGGGGUGUGCAGCAGUGGAAUCCCCGGAGGUCUCAGCUUGGAGAGCUCUGAGUGUUCCGGGGUUCCAGUUCUAACUGUUAGUUCUAAGUCUCUGUUCUGUCUGGCUAGCUGUGCUGAGGGCUCUUUAACUUAGUGCUGUUUGCUUUGUUCUGCUGCUCUAGCCGGACUAUAAAGCUGUAGCGUAUUCCACCCAAGGGGAAGUACCUCCAUUUGCAUUAAUUAAUUUACCUCUUGAAGAGAUGUUUUGAACACUGGUGUACCUGCCUGCUGGGAGGAUGAGCUAAUUGGGUAGGAUAGGUGACAUGGUUCAGUUCACUAAGGAAAGACCGCUAACGUUAGUCGGUCAGUCAGUGUCUGUUUCAACUACAUGUCUUUGGUUGGUUUCCUACCUAGCGCACUGCUUUCCUCUUUCAUAUCAGUCCCUGUCUCUGUCCUCCCCACGUCUUUGGAGUUUCACAUAACAGUCAGACGUCAUAAUCUCUCAGUAAAACUGUCCCUUCCGUUUCCCCAUGAGGUCAGGUCCCCAGUCAUUGUUUGAGGUAUUACUGUUUAAAAGAAAAUUUCUAUGGCUUUCACUAAGGACUGAAGAGAUCCAGUAGAUUAUGACUCAAAUAGCAGGUUUCCAACCAGCCAUCUGACUGUGAUUUUCAUCCACAGCUUAGAGUGGAUUUACAUAAAGUAGAGCCUUCAGAAAGUAGUCAUACCCCUUGACUUAUUCCACAUUUUGUUGUUAGUCUGAAAUCAAAAUUGAUUAAAUAUAUUUUUUUUCUCACCCAUAUAAACACAAUACCCAAUAAUGACAAAGUGAAAACAUGUUUUUAGAAAUUCUUGCACAUUUAUUGAAAAUGAAAUACAGAAAUAUCUCAUUUACUUAAGUGUUCACACCCCUGAGUCAAUACUUUGUAGAAGCACCUUUGGCAGCAAUUACAGCUGUGAGUCUUUCUGGGUAAGACUCUCAGAGCUCUCAACACCUGGAUUGUGUAACAUUUGCCCAUUAUUCUUCAAGCUCUGUUAAAUUGGUUGUUGAUCAUUGCUAGACAACCAUUUUCAGGUCCUGCCAUAGAUUUUCAAGUAGAUUUAAGUCAAAAGUGUUACUCGGCCACUCAGGAACAUUCACUGUCUUCUUGGUAAACAACUAGUGUAGAUUUGGCCUUGUGUUUUAGGUUAUUCUCCUGCUGAAAGGUGAGUUAAUCUCCCAGUGUGUGGUGGAAAGCAGGCUGAGUUUGAAAUUCACUGCUCGACUGAGGGACCUUACAAUUAUCUGUAUGUGUGGGGUACAGAGAUGAGGUAGUCAUUCAGAAAUGAUGUUAAACACUAUCGUUUUACUCCUGAACUUAUUUAGGCUUGACUUGUUAAGCACAUUUUUACUCCUGAACUAUUUAGACUUGCCAUAAGAAAGGGGUUGAAUACUUAAAUCGAAAAACAUAAUUCUACUUUGACAUCAUGGGGUAUUGUGUGUAGGCCAGUGACAAAAUAAAUCUCAAUUUUAUCAAUUUAAAAUUCAGGGUUUAACACAACAAAAUGUGGAAAAAGUCAAGGGGUGUGAAUACUUUCUGAAGGCACUGUAUAAGCUUUUGUGCAAUAGUUUUCGUGCAAUGUCGAACAACAUUGGACGGCGAGAGAAAGAGAUCUGCAGUGCUGAUCGACUUUCCCUGUAGGUAAAGUAAGCUAAAGAGUAGCAGGCCCAGGUUCUUUAGAUGGUAUGCUAGGAACUAAGUCAGUCUCCAUUUCAAAGCAGUAUGUCUUGCGUUUAUCUCCUUAAGUUGUUGUCGUCAUGGUUGGAAUCGUUGUCCUUGUUGUUCUUUUCCAGCCCUGGCCAAGCCUCAUUCCGAUCAUAUUCUCUUAAGAACUAAAUCCCAUCUUGGGAAACAUGCGUCUGUGAAACUGGAGCUUAAUGGGUAAAUAAUGCAUUGAUGUCAAUGGGAGGUUUCUGAGCAGAAUGGAGGAGGGUUUAAUGUUGCUGCUCCCUUCACUUGCCUUGGCUCCUGAUACCAGGGCUGUGUAGUCUUUUAGCGGGGGCCACCCCCUUCCUACCCCCAUCAAAUCGAACCCAAAGCCUGGACCACCAGUGAGAAAAGAAGGAAGUAGUAUUUUGUUUUAUGUGUUUGUUGUUGCUCUCAGAGCUGUGCUGUGGUGAGCUAUGGUGAGCUGAGCUGUGGUGAGCUGUGCUGUGGUGAGCUGAGCUGGGGUGAGCUA